UAGCUUUUUGCCUAUUGAUCUUAACCUUAAUAAAUCUUUAGUCUUUCAUCAUGUAAAUUGUUUAUUUUGGUUUAACUAUCAUUUGUAUUUCUUUGUGAUUUUAAUUAUUACCUCAAAUCGUCAGCCGUUAAUCAACAUGUUCAUUCGAGGGAUUUUACUCUCAAUCAUUUGUUUGUUUCUCUCUAUAAUAUGGGUGAAUGGUGAAGAAAAGUGUGUAACUAUUGUUGGUGAUAAAAUUAUCAGAAUUGAUGAUGUAGCUACAGGUAACUGGAAAAAUAGUUCAUAUUUAGUUUGUGCAUCUUUUUAUAACCAGAUUAAUCAGACAGGAUGGUCAAUGUUAAAUAUUUGGAGUAAUCCUGAUUCUCGAUUAAAUGAUAGUUCGAUAGCUUUUUUGGCUGGUUAUCUCGAAGGUUACAUUACUCGAGAACUUAUUAAUUACCAUUUUCAUAAUGUUUGGUCCACCUAUUGCAAUGAACAUGAAACCUUUUGCAUCAAAGUGUUUGACUUUUACAAACAAAACAUACAAUUUAUGAGGAAUAAAGUGGAGACUGAGUCAAAAGUGAAUCCAUUUUGGUACCAAGUUGGACUUAUUUUAGAGCAAAUAACUGGUUUAGAAGAAGGAAUGAAGCAAACCUCGAUAUUUAGAUCAGAAACUCGCUUCGAUCAACUUGAAAUUGGAAAAAUAUUUAUACUUAAUAGCAUACCCGACUUAUGGGAACUUGAAAGUGUACUUGGCCGUGCAAUUAAAUCUAAAGAUCGUGGAAAGACUACAUGCUCUGCAAUUAUCAAAUUACUCCCAAAUGACUUGAUAGUUGGCCACAAUACCUGGCUGGAGUUCAGCCAGAUGUUGAGAAUAUUGAAAAAGUAUGAUUUAUCUUAUCGGACUGGAUCAUCUGAACAUUCAAAUGUAGUUCCAGGACAAAUAAUUUCAAUGUCAUCUUAUCCGGGGUUAAUAUUUUCACUCGACGACUAUUACCUGUUAUCAAGUGGAUUGGUAGUUACUGAGACAACAAAUGUCAAUUUCAAUUUAACGAGCUUUCAAUUAGUCAAGCCAACUAGUGUGUUUUGCUUUGUCCGUAUGAUGGUUGCUAAUCGGUUAGCUGUGGAUGGUUCAUCUUGGUCUCGGAUAUUUGCUCAAUACAAUAGUGGAACUUACAAUAAUCAAUUUAUGAUUAUUGAUUAUAAAAGAUAUCAAGCUAACUCGUUUAAUCAAAAACCAGGUUUAUUCUGGAUCCUGGAACAAAUGCCAGAUUUUUUCAUCGCCAAAGACAUGACAUCAGCCUUGGUCACAAACAAAUAUUGGGCCAGCUACAAUAUUCCUUACUUUGAAGACACUUAUCUCAUUGCUGGUUAUCCAAUGUUAAGAAACGCUUACGGACCAUUUUUUGACCAUCAUGAAACUGUUAGAGCCAAACAAUUUCGUCGUAAACAAGAUCAAGCCAAUGACUAUAAAAGCGUUCUCAAAUUACUUCGCUACAAUAAUUAUACUCAAGACAUUGAUACUCAAUGUGAUGUUUGCAAGCCGCCUUAUUCAGCUACUGUUAGCUUGGCAAGUCGAGGUGAUCUCAAUGAUCCUAAUGGUUCUUAUUCAAUACCGAUCUAUGGAUUGAUUAAUGAAACUGCAAUUGAUGUCAAAGUGACAUCCUACGAAUUAUUCAAACAAUUUAAAAUGUAUGCAAUUAGUGGACCGACUUAUGAAGACGUUCCUCCUUUUAUUUGGUCAAACUCUAGUUUGAAAUAUGAAAUACUCCAUGAAGGCCAUCCUGAUGUCUGGAUCUUCAGUCCAAUUUACUUCUGAUCUCUCUGUUUGCUAAUUAAUACAUUGAAAUCAGUCAAUUUGAAUAAAUUAAUUAUUUUGUUA